CAUUCAAGCAGAAUGGCAGCAGGAGCCAGAAGUGUUUACCAAAGGCCCCAAAGACAAAAGCCAGCUGUCUAUGCUUGGAAGGGUCUCAUCUGCAACUCAAAGAAGCCUUUGGACAUCAUUGAGAAUUGUUGGUGUACCCAUGCAAAGUGCCAGUCCAUGUUCUUUACCAGCAGGAUUACUUAAACUCAUAAACAGUGAGAUAAAUUGGCACAUUGCUGUUGGAAGGAAUGCUGAGGUUGUGGCUAUCCUUCAGGACCAAUGUGUAGAAAUAAGGUCAAGCAAUAAUGCUUAUGAGACAGUAGUAGGUCGUGGUGUUGUGCAGCGGGAUCCAUACCCUCAGUGGCGCUGUGUAGCUUGGAGUGCAGACAACACCAUGGUGGCCUGUUCUCAGAGUGAUGGCACUGUGGAUGUGUUUGAUAUGCUAGGGGCUCGGUUGUUUACCAUUCAAGGGCAGGCACCCAAUGAAAAUGGACAACCAUUGGAGCUGAGUUGUGCAGUGGCAGGCAUGCUUUUCACUGACACCAUUCCCAAUCCACCAUGGCAUGCAGAACUUCUGGUAGUGAACUAUCAUGGAAGUUUACACAAGUAUUGGGUUGGGCGUGAUGAAGGAUAUGAGGCUCAGCACAGCUUUUUGUUUAAUCAGCAGUAUCCACUUGGUAUAAGCUGUGUGGAAUACCACUCAGGAGCUCAGCUCCUCCUUGUAGGUGGAGUGGGUUGUGAUGACACCCAGUCUCCCUCCCAAGCCCGACAGGAGGGACUUACAGCCUGGAGAAUCCUCUCUGGUCCUCCCCACUACAAACUGGUGACAGAUUACAAGGAAGAUCUGCAUCAGUCAAAGCAAGGAAGGUCAUUUUUUGGGAAGUUUAAAUCCAAACUACGACUGAGCAGCAGUGAAAACCAGGAUGGCGUUUAUAAGAUGUGUCUCUCUCCGGACACAAAAACGCUUGCAACAAUUCACCAGUCAGGAAAUCUAACUUUGUGGCAUAUUCCAUCACUUAAACAGUAUAGACAAUGGACUCAUGAUGAACAGCCUUUUAGUGAUGAAUACAGCCCAGAUUUUACAGAAAACCCACAGAAGAGGAAGAUAUUAAAAGAUUUGGUGUCCUGUAAGAAUUUGAUUGAUGUUAACUGGUGGAAUAAUGAGGCUAUGACCUUGUCCAGAGGUACUGGAGCUGUUACUGUGUCCUCAGCUUCUACAUUGAAAAACCUUUUAGGUACAUCUCCAGAGUGGUUUGAGCCGUCCUCAAGGGUAUCAGCAGUGCAUGAUGGUGGAUUCCUAGGAUUAGAAGUAGAGAACAAGUUCCGACAGAAACGUCGUCUGAUGAAUGAGGAGGAUGCAGAAAAUGAUGACAGUGACGAGGAAGAGGAUUCCAGAUGGGUUACAGCUUUUUUAAGUAAAAAUGUUCUGUCCUACUUUCGUGAUAUUGAACGGUUCCAGCCUCCCAGGAAACGUCCCAAGAUGGUGAACAGAACCUACAGAUUGGUAUGUCUGAAGUCUACCACUCCUGAAGAACUCUAUACCAGAAAGAUUGAGCUGGAGGAGUAUGGUGAGGCAUUAGGUCUUGCUAGGGCGUACAACCUUGACUCGGACAAGGUUUAUCAGCGACAGUGGAGAAAGUCAGAGGUGUCUAAGGCUUCCAUUCAAGACUAUUUGAGUAAGAUCAAAAAGAGAGGUUGGGUCCUCCAUGAAUGUCUGGAGAGAAUGCCUGAAAAUAUUGAUGCUAUGAAGGAAUUGCUGGAGUUUGGUUUACGAGGAACAGAUCUCCAGGCUCUCAUUGCAAUAGGCAAGGGAGAAGAUGGAGGGCGGUUCAUCCUGUGUGACCCAGAAGAAGGACUGUAUGCAGAUAUGUCUUUGGAUGAGUUUGAUCCUGAAACAGAACAUAUUAGGGAAGAAAUGAAAGAGAAAAGGAGGAUGGAAUUAAUGGAACAAGUUGAUUUUUCAAAUUUAAACUUGGAGCAGAAAGAGUUGUGUAGAGUUCGUUUCAAGCUUCUUCAGUACCUAGAUCGGUUGAGAACGUAUGAGCUCAUACUUGGAGGAGAAGCAGCUGCAGUCUCCAGGUUCAAUGAUAAAUUUUUUGAGAAAUUUCGUUCUCAAAAUAUUGUUGAAGCAGCAGUGAAUUAUGCACAGCAUGGUGACUGGAAAGCACUGGAACACCUGUUCACCUAUCACGGCGAGACCCUGAAACCUCACAGGCUUGCUGUGUUGUCAAACUUCCCCGAAACAACUUGUCCAACAGAGUACCGAGAUUUGUUACCGGAAGUUGUAGAUGACAGUGGUGUGCUCCCUCUAGAGGAGAACAGCUGGCGUGAAACAGACUGGUGCGAGACACCACAGUGCAGGUGUGUUGUUGAACCACUACAGGUAGAUUUAGGUGAAUUUUUGUACGAAGACAAUGCCAACUUGUCCCAAUUCAGAUGUGACGAGAUACCUGCGGAAUUACUGACCAGGUGGUACAGAUACCGUGCAUUUGAAAUAGAGGCCAUGUCCUUACAGGUAGAACAUGCCAUCAACCUUGUUAAAUUGGCAGUGGAGCGUGGUGUACAGGGCCUAACUGAUCUUCUAGAUGAUCUGGUUACCAUGGAAAUGCUGGUUUAUGACUGCCAUUUAGAGGAGACGGUGACCUUUGAGGCUGUUACAAAAAUGGCAGACUAUGAGAAACUUGAACUGAUAAUGUCAAAGUCAACUGAGGAGAUGUAUGUUAAGAAUCUACAUCGCUGGUUAGUACCUUUCCUGAUGCAGUGUGAACGACAAAAUGAUGGUUCUUACAACACGCUGCUCCGAGACUACAUCGUUACCAUGGCAAAGACAGACCUCAGUCUUGUUCUCAAAGUUUUCGAGUCUUCCAAGAUCAAUCUGCCCAACCCCAUCAUUAAGUCCCAGGAUGAUGUGAUGUCCAUGGCUUUAGAGGCUGUGUACAGCUGUGACAGAGAUGACCAGCUACAAUUGUUAUUGGCCAUUUUCCAAUGUCUGCCCAGCAAAACCAAGUCUAAUGCAAGAACACAGGGGAAAGAGACACAAGAACUAUUCUAUCAGGUGGAGAAGCUGAGGCAGCAUCUGAGUGCGGCCAAGAUUCUGGAAAGUCAUGGUGUGAUGAAACCACUGCACUAUCUGAAAGAAACAGAGGCAGAUGCUGAAGAAGCCAAGAAAUUGAUGGUUAGACUUACAAGAAAUGCUGGAAAGAGAGAGAAACCUCUUGACCAGAAAGAAUGGCAUAGUUUACAUGAAGAUGUGCUGAAUCUGCAACAGGAGGUGUACAAGUGUCUCUCUGCUGGUCUUUGUCAUGAGAUUUUUACCGAGAGUGUCCUGUGCUCGAGCCGAAGGGAAAAUAUAACAACAAUGGCUGGUGACCUGUUAGAGCGGGAGAGCUCAGAAUGUGAGCAACUGACUCGUCCUGGAAUUCAUCAAAAACACAAAGUUCCAUACGAUCGGGCAGUUGAACUAGUGAUCUCUGCUGCUAGGGAGUACUUUAACUCAUCCUCCAACCUUAUGGACCCAUGUAUGGAUCUAGCUCGAGCGUGCCUUAACCUUAUCCGGGAAACACCCCUUCCUCCCUCCAUUCAAGAAGAAUUGGACUUGAUAGGCUCACUGGCACUGCUGGAUGAUUUCAGUGUGUCUGUUCUUCCUUUACAAGUUCGCCUGAGUGACGAUCGCCUGGAUCUGGUGAGACAGGCUGUGAGGAGUAAACCAACCUCAUUCAAACAGCGACAAAAGUUACUGAGGCUGGGACACUUGCUGCGAGUCAGCGGUGAGGAUCGAUCUCUACGUGAAGGUGAAGUUUUACACCUCAUUGCCGAGGCUGCUGUAAAGGGAGAAGACUUCCUGUUUGCCUUUGAGGUGUGUGAAGACCUGAUGAGUCAGUGUUACGGGAAUGCUUGGAAUACCUGUGUUGACCUUGCCUGGCAAGAGAAGUUCACUGAUAUGGCUGCUAAGACUAAGUUAUUGUCCUUCUCUGUGACCUACUGUACCUCUGAUAUGAUAGAACCAAUCCUACAGGCAAAGGCUUUGCUGGAGACACAGAUACUGCAUCGUUCGUUGAAUACUGAUGUCCAAGGAGAGGUUGAUGAAAGUUGUCAAACAGCUGAAGUUCCUCUGUCUGCUAGAGCGGCACUUUCUCAAACAAAACACAUACUAACAUCAACAACAAAAUCAACUAAAGCGUUGUUGUCUACAAUGACUGAUAAAACCUGGUGGCAUGGAACAAUGAAUUUUCUCACUAAGACAUCAAAACAAUCCACUUCAAUGUCAGAUCAGAGCCAUCAAGACAGGAACCAGAAUUUUCAGAGACAAGGAUGUCAUCCAUUUUAUCAUGAUGCCAUUGAAAAUGCAUACCUUGAUCUGAGUGCCAUUGACUACCAGAGAUGUCAAUCAGAGGAAGACCUUAGUACAGAGAUGAGCUUGCUAAGGGCUGUUUACCUAGAAGAAAUGUUGACAGAAGGUGAAAAAACACAGUCUACUUCACAAGUAUUAUUAAAGAUUGCCCAAACUAAAAUGACUACAGACAGUACACUGGGACUAGCAUUUCUCCUGUCACUCCCUAAAGAAAUCACAGAUUAUGACCACUUUGCUGACUUCCCCUGCACAAGUAUGUCCCUGCAGAUGGCUCUAUAUUACUUUGCUCUGCAAAUCUACUCGGCUAUAAGGCCGACCUUUGACCAAGAAUUAAGUUUAUUGUACAAAUAUCCGCCAUUCAAGCUGAUAGAAAAGGUCAGAAUGUAUAUCAGUCGGACUAAAGAUGACCAAUUCCCGAACGAAGUUGUCCAACUGGUUAAAAACUUCAAACAAUAUCAGGAAUUCCUGGAGGACUCCAUUCAAGCUAAACAGCUGAAGAAGCUGGACAGAGGUAUUGAUACUGGUCGGUUUACCAAGGACAGUCAAUACCGAGUGGAAACUAUCUGUGGACUAGCCAUGACUUUGGAGGAAAAUGUAUACAACAUCUCGUUGUCACUGGCAACCAGGUAUGCGGUCAGUUUGUGGGAUGUGUACAUGGCUCAUUUAGAGUUUCUCUUCUCUGACAGUAUGCUGAUGACAGAGGACAUAGAGGACCGUGUCGGAAAGAUGGGGAUUUUACCUGUCCUUAGGGAACGUGAGGAAGACUUUGUGAAGAAGAUGACAACCUAUGUGUACCCAUCUGUUGAAGGGACAGAUCAUAGCCGUCUCCUAUAUUACUACACACUUAUGUCGGGGAUAAACAUGCCUCUAGCUGGCACCCUCACAGCUGAAACCCAUGUCAAACUCCUAAAGAAAGUAAAAUUUACAGCUGAAGGUUUGGAUUAUAAAAGUCUGGUGGAGGGGGAACACAGUCCUGUGGAUGUACUCAUUCCAAUACUAACCACCAGCAACAUAAAUGUGAUCGCUAAACUAGCCAGCAAGAUUCCUGAUGGGAAAGGGGGUAUGUUGAUGCCAAGUGCUGUGUAUUGUGCCUGGACCAUCAAGAUGUUUUGGGACACGUCCAAAAAAACACCAGACUCUGGGUUGGGCUGGGUACAUCGAUAUGAGAGCUGUCAGGAGACUCUUCAGAAACUCCUACCUCAGGAUCUGGUGCAAUUUGUGGAUUCUGUUGUCUUUGUUCCACAGUCAAGAGAAAUGGUUGGGUUUGAAAGCAGACAGCAGAUAUUGAAUCGCUGUCUUAAACUUGCUCGUCAACAAGGAAAUAAGAAGAAGAAACAGGAAGAUCUUGGUGACCAGAUGAAUUGGGAAGAGGCAGCGUCGGUAUUAAAGAAUUACCAGUCACAUCUGACAGUGAUUCAGCACCCAACAGUACAGAACCUAGCAGACUCUGAGGCUGACAACCUCCAUCAGUACAUUUUAGAACUAGACAUGAGCAAGGGACAGACUAGCAAGAUAGAAGAAAUCUUUAUAAAGAUGACUUGUGAAGGUUUAGGUGUAGAAGAAAUUGACAAUCUGUUGCUGACAUUUCCCACACUAUCAUGGAAAUCUUUAACAGCAAUCCAGCAGUCGCUCAACAUGAUCAUUUCUCAACUCAGUGAUGAAAGCUCCAGUCCAGAUUGUGUGGAGGAAAGUCUGACCUCUUUUCAGAGAAUAGUAAACAAUGUCUUCUCACACGAGCAAAAAGGGGGACACUGUGUGACAACAGAGGAUGUGAUGACCUUGGUGAGGCCAUUUUGUUCUGAUGAUAUGGUAGCAGUGAAACCCCGUCUUGACAUCCUGCACAUUUUAGAAAAGAGUUUUAACCUGUCAGCUGAAGACAUGGUAUUACUAGUCCUGUACAGGUCUGAGGCUGUGAUCAACAAAGCCUGGCAAGCCAUCACGGUUCAGGAGGCUGAUAUCAAUACAGACCAGGCCAGGUUUUCGCUCUUUACACGUCUUUUGUCAAUGACAACAACAUUUGAACAGACACAAGCUUUAUAUAAACUUCUCCACCUCUGGCCACCACUGACGGCAUCAAACUCCAGGGUGGCUUCGGAGAACCCCUGGGUAAAAGUCAUUGAUAUGAUGGUCCAGAAGAGUGACCAGACUAAUUGUAAGCUUGUAUGUCCCUGUCUGAAGGAAGUCCUGUCCAUAUGUCCACUCAGCGAGGAGUCUAUACAGCAUAUUUACGGUAGUCUGGUUUCUACGUCAAAUCACAUGGAAGCAGUAAGAUGUGUUCUGAUUGGUGGAUAUGAGAACCUAAUGGAUUCGGCCAUUCAACACCUUGCAUCACAGCCUCAGGUUGUGGCAGACGAUGAACUCCUUGACCUAAUUGUGCGCAAUGAUCUAGUCAAUAAAGUUGUGCUUACCCACGUAUAUCCAGCAAUCACAGACUAUAUUCUGGCCAAUCAGGACACUCAUAGUGAAUCAUGUGACUAUCUCUCAGUCAAGGUUGUGUGUAGGAAACUACAGGAGGAAGGAUUUGAAGCAGAGGCUGGGUCUCUACUGAUGAGGAGUCGGACAUCACACCCGCUCCUCCAAACUUUCAGUGCAUCAUUACAGACUCUUAAGAAAUGGUUGUAACAUUACAAAGCAUUAGAAAUACAUAUAGGGAAACAUAAGGUGAUAAAUUAUUGCCAAUAUUCUCUUGAAUAUCAGUAUAGUAAUACCUUUGUGCUAUUACAUUCUUUUUUUAAAUGGCUGUACUUGUAAUACCUGCAGGUACUGAUUUUAUCUCUAAUUACAAGAACUGAAAAAAUGUUCAUCUCAUAAUGAACGGAGUGCUUUUGAGCUUUAUCAUUAUUUUUUUAGCAUAAUAUCAACUGCAACAUUUUUCUAUUUUUUCUUUUUUUUUUCUUUUUUUUUCACCUUCAGAUAGGUAUUGGAUAAAUGUCUUUCAACUACUUAGAUCAGGACAUGGUUUCAUGAUUAGAUUCUACCUCCAGAAUUUUCGUUAACUUUACUAGCUUCUGGUUUUUUGUCAAACACAUUUAUUAUAUAAAACAUGUGUUGAUUGGUCGUUAAGAAUGUAAAUGAUGAUAAUAAUAUAUAAAUGUGAUUAUGAUUAAAAUGAAUGCAAUAGUAUAUCUCAAAAACAGUUUCAGCUUAGUUACUGUUGCCAUUUUGUGUAUUAGAAUCAUGUUACAUAUUUUAUGAUGAAAUCAUAGUAUGAUGAGACAGGACACGGAGUCGAUGGACUGUACUAUAUAUAACACUACCAACAGAUCAGAGGCAGUUUUCUGAGCUACUGGGUGAUAUCUAUGGUGCUCCAAAGAAAUUAGAAUGAUGUCUUAUAUGUGAUAAUAUCUCUCUUUAUUGCCUUUGUUACAGCACCUAACCACAGUAAUAUGAUAUUGCAAUACUUUAAAUUACCUCCCUUAUUGAUACUACUGACAAUUUUUUUUUCAGACACAAGACAGUAAAUGUUAUUUAUCAGGAGCAAAGCACAAGAUAUUAGGUCUCUCUCUAAAACCUUUCUCCUGCUUUAACAUAUGUUUUAUGUAAACAAACAGUAACACAUGUUGUCCUUAUUUUUCGAUGUGUUCCGUAAAAUAUUCAAUUUCCAUGGGAAUUUCAUUUUUAUUGAUUUCAUGGGUAAUCUUUAUCAACUAAUUCACAUACAUGUAACAGCGAAAUAAUAACAGUUAGGAAUACAAAUACAGUGGAUUGCUAUUUAUUCAUGAAGUCAAAUGUCAAAGAAAAAUUGUUUUUCUGGAAAACCACAAAAUUUUAAUGUGAUGAAAAUUGAUAGUUUUAAGAGUUCUUACAGUAUCUUGGUGGUUUUCACCUCUGCCCGCCAUCUUGUAUUGUUGCCGCAUGGUGUCUCUCUAAUAUUUUAUUUUUAUGACCAGUGAUGUAUAUGUACAGUAUUUAUAUUUAAAGAACACUGCUAGUGAGAAAGUAUUUAAUAAUACUUUAACUGUAUCCUGGUCUGACAUCAUCUCUAUGUAGAUAAAGCCUGUGCUAGAAAGUGUAUAAACUAUAGUCAGUCCUCAAAAUGCUAUGUUACCAAUGUCUAUUGUCUUCAGUUUGUUAUCAGAUACAAUGUAUGCAGCAAUGGAGAGACAUUAUGAUAGUGGGACAAUCUCUGUACUUACUGUUAGUGGAGAAUUUUCUACAUUAUAUAUUCUUGAAGUGCUUCUUACUAUGGCAACCCUUUCAUUAUUUUCUAGACCACACAACUAAGUUGGUGACCAAUAUAAAAACAGAGAUGACCCAAAUGUCUAACUGUACAGGAUGAGGAUUGUUUUAUGCAAUUUUCAAAUCACCAUACAUUAAAAAACUGAAUAGAUCAGAUUUGCAGAGAAAAAAUAACCUGAAUUACACCUCUAAAUGUACGUUGUUUUAGAAAUGAGUCCAUGCUUGAAUGACUUCAUGCAAAUGAAACGAUACAAUCCGUCAUCAGAAUAUGCUUAUUUAUAUAUAUAUCAUUGAAGCACCCCUUAUGUUGGUCUAUAGGUUACAAGCUGCAGAUGCUAAAUUUGACCUACACAUGAUGCAGGGCUCUCACACCCCAUUUUGGGACUGGGGCCUGGGCCCGGGGCCCUUUGAAUUGGGAAAACUUCGGGUCUAAAUUGGGAAAAAAGAUACUAUUUUGGAUUGGGAAUGGGGCUUAAUAUCGGCCCCAAAUCUGGCAGAUCGAGAGCCCUGUGAUGCUUUAGUGAACUGUACCGUGUACUAUGAUAAAGUAUGCUGAACUGUUGUCUGGUAUUUCCUCAAGACUUUUUAUUUUUCUUUAUGUGUGUUGCCUUACACACCACAGGGGACUUGGCACAUAUUCCCAACCAUUGGUGUAUAUAUAUGUAAUAAAGUGAUGAACCUUUGGUUGAGUAUUCUGGCCAAGUCCCAGUAUUACACACAUAGGAUAAAGUUGUAAUUGUUCAUUACAGUCCUUAAUUCAGAUUAAAGUGAGGUUAUGUAUUUAUUAGAUCUGUAUUUAUAACCAAUAAACAGUUCAAUUUAAACGGUUAUUGCUCAAUUAAAUUUAUCUGUGAAAGAUUGA